GCUGACAAGAAUAGACUACAUUAUGCAGUUCAUUUAGUUAACAAGUGAAAUAAUAGGGAAGCGUGCAGAGUGAAUGCCGAGAGAAAAGGCACAAAACCCUAUUGAGAGCUCUCAGCCGCUAGUAGCGUAACCGUCACAUGGGCGCACUGGCUCUCCAACUAUUUAAGCAGGAACAGUUUCUCUUCAGCACCAUUCCGCCAUCCAGCCUUUGGUACACAUCCUGGUACGAGACUGACAAAGAGAAACUUUUACGAACUCUCAGACAUUAGGUGAAGAAACACAGGGCAGCCAAGAUGCCAAGAUCGUUUCUUGUGGAUUCCUUGAUUUUGAGGGAGAACAGCGAAAAAGGAGCCGAGAACAGCCCGCCGUUAUUUCCUUACGCCAUGCAUCCGUCUCAUCCUCUCCACGGUCUCUCCGCCGGCUCAUGCCACUCUCGAAAAGCGGGGUUGCUGUGCUUUUGCCCGCUGUGCGUCACGUCUCAGCUUCACCCGUCGCCUCCAGCUCUCCCACUCAUCAAGGCUUCCUUUCCUGCCUUCGGCUCCCAAUACUGUCACACGGCGCUAUCCAGACAGCACUCCACGUCUAGCGGCAUAAACCUCAACGUCGGCUCGGGGUUAUACCAAGCCACAUACCCAGUUCCAGAUCCACGACAGUUCCACUGCAUAUCCAUAGAGAAUAACAGCAGUCAUCUUCAGAGCAGCAAGCGCAUGCGCACUGCGUUCACCAGUACGCAGCUCCUGGAGUUGGAAAGGGAGUUCACAUCCAACAUGUACCUGUCCAGACUUCGGCGCAUAGAGAUCGCGACUUACCUCAAUCUGUCCGAGAAGCAAGUCAAGAUCUGGUUCCAGAACCGCCGCGUCAAGCACAAAAAAGAAGGCAAAAGCGGCUCCCACAGGACGGGCUCGCACAACUGCAAGUGCUCGUCGUCCCUGUCCUCCGCCCGGUGCUCUGAGGAAGAAGAUGACCUCCCCAUGUCACCUCCGACAUCAGAAAAAGAGGACGCAGAUCUGUCCGUAAGCCCAUGAACUCUAGCGCAUUGCUCAUGACCACCACCUCAAAAGACUCUGUACGCCACACCUGUGGAAUCUUGAAUGCAGCCAAAAAGCGACGGUCUCUGCGUGCGCCGUCACCUGUAAAUAGCGAGAAAGAA